AGAAUCACUCUGUGGCUGCUGGUACCGGAUAAUCCUGCUUCCCAGCUGCCUCAGUCAACAACUUACUGAGCUGCUUUUUCUUUUACAAAAGGAUGUCAGCUCUGAGAGCCAGCGAGAAAUAACAGACUUCACCUUGGAACAGCUCAACACACUCGUGCAGCAUUAAAGCAGAUUUGAAGAGAAAACAAAAAUCAAGCCCUAACCCAGCCCCGCUUCUAUCUACAUUGCAGACAGAACAGUUCCAUGCUCCAGUAUAGGACUCAACCAUUAAAAUACCUAAGAAGAAAACCUAUCAUCAAAUAGUCAUAGACUGAAUUGCAGAAAAUGAUGAGCUGUGUUCACCUACAGUGACAACUUGUGAUCUAAUGGCUGCCCCAGUGAUUCCAGGCAUGAGUAAGGAUGUAAAUAUGGUCUGACCUUUGCUGAUGGACAAUUAAACCAUGGACAGACUAAAUGACCUGCUUUGGACUGUCCUUCCAAAAGAUGCUUCCGGUUUCCUCUUGAACGCACACUGAGCCCCUGUAGGCCACGAAGACAAGAAGGAGUGUGAACGGGAAGUAAUCUUACAAUGAGAAUUACGAGCACAUCUUGCAUCUGCCCAGUCCUCGUGUGUCUCUGUUUUGUGCAGAGGUGUUAUGGAACUGCUCACCACAGCUCCAUCAAGGUGACCAGAAACCAAACCAAACACACUGAAGGGGAGACAGAAGUCCACCAUCGUCCCAAGAGGGGAUGGGUAUGGAACCAGUUCUUUGUUUUAGAAGAACAUAUGGGACCAGAUCCACAGUAUGUUGGAAAACUGCACUCCAACUCCGACAAAGGUGAUGGAUCUGUCAAGUACAUCCUCACUGGGGAAGGUGCUGGGACUAUAUUUAUCAUCGAUGACACUACAGGUGACAUCCACUCCACCAAAAGCCUGGACAGAGAGCAGAAGACUCACUAUGUGCUUCAUGCCCAGGCUAUUGACAGACGGACAAACAAGCCUCUUGAACCUGAAUCCGAGUUCAUCAUCAAAGUGCAAGAUAUCAAUGACAAUGCACCAAAGUUCACGGAUGGACCAUACAUCGUUACUGUGCCUGAAAUGUCAGAUAUGGGUACCUCUGUUCUACAGGUGACAGCUACGGAUGCAGAUGACCCCACCUAUGGAAACAGUGCACGUGUUGUUUACAGUAUCCUGCAAGGACAACCUUAUUUCUCUGUGGAUCCUAAAACAGGAGUCAUUAGAACAGCUUUACAUAACAUGGAUAGAGAAGCCAGAGAACAUUACUCAGUGGUCAUUCAAGCCAAAGACAUGGCUGGGCAAGUUGGCGGACUUUCGGGAUCCACAACUGUCAAUAUAACCUUGACUGAUGUCAAUGACAACCCACCACGGUUUCCACAGAAACACUAUCAGCUGUAUGUUCCCGAGUCUGCUCAAGUCGGUUCAGCUGUUGGGAAAAUUAAGGCAAAUGAUGCAGACACAGGCUCAAAUGCAGAUAUGACUUAUUCCAUCACUAAUGGAGAUGGGAUUGGGAUAUUUUCCAUCUCCACUGACAAAGACACCAGGGAAGGAAUACUCUCCUUAAAGAAGCCACUGAACUAUGAGAAAAAGAAGUCCUACACGCUCAACAUUGAAGGAGCAAACACACACCUGGACUUCCGCUUUUCCCACCUGGGUCCCUUCAAAGAUGCCACCAUGCUGAAGAUCAUUGUUGGGGAUGUGAAUGAACCACCACUCUUUUCCAUGCCUUCUUAUGUCAUGGACGUCUAUGAAAAUGCCAAGAUUGGGACAAUUGUUGGCACCGUCUUGGCACAAGAUCCAGACAGUGCUAACAGCUUAGUAAGGUAUUUCAUCAACCACAGUGCUGAAGAGGACAGAUUUUUCAACAUCGAUGCCAAUACUGGAACCAUUAAGACUUCAAAAGUACUCGAUAGAGAAGAAACGCCUUGGUACAAUAUCACAGUGACAGCGUCAGAAAAUGACAAUCCUGAUUUACUGAGCCAUGUCUCCGUGGGCAUUAGAGUUCUGGAUGUCAAUGACAAUCCACCUGAACUUGCCAGGGAAUAUGAUAUUGUUGUCUGUGAGAAUUCUAAGCCUGGUCAGGUUAUUCACACCAUCACUGCCACUGAUAAAGAUGACUUUGCCAAUGGACCAAGGUUUAAUUUCUUCCUUGAUGAACACCUACCUGUGAACCCAAACUUCACACUUAAGGAUAAUGAAGAUAACACAGCCAGCAUUCUGACAAGGCGGAGGAGAUUUAGUCGAACUGUGCAGGAUGUGUAUUAUCUGCCCAUUAUGAUCUCUGACGGUGGCAUCCCCUCUCUCAGCAGCAGCAGCACCCUCACAAUCAGGGUUUGUGCAUGCGAGAGAGAUGGGCGUGUGCGGACCUGCCAUGCAGAAGCCUUCCUGUCCUCCGCGGGCUUGAGCACAGGAGCCCUGAUUGCUAUUCUCCUCUGUGUUGUCAUUCUCCUUGCCAUUGUGGUCCUUUUUAUCACCCUGAGGCGCAGCAAGAAAGAGCCCUUGAUCAUUUCAGAAGAAGAUGUGCGGGAGAAUGUGGUCACUUACGAUGAUGAGGGAGGCGGGGAAGAAGACACUGAGGCCUUUGACAUCACAGCUUUGAGAAAUCCUUCUGCUGCAGAGGAGUUCAAGUACCGCAGAGACAUUCGGCCUGAAGUGAAGCUCACUCCUAGACACCCGACAUUGUCCACCCUGGAGAGUAUAGAUGUUCAGGAGUUUAUUAAGCAAAGACUGGCAGAAGCAGACCUGGACCCCAGCGUACCCCCUUAUGACUCUCUACAGACUUAUGCCUAUGAGGGUCAGAGGUCAGAAGCUGGGUCUAUAAGCUCUUUGGACUCAGCAACCACGCAAUCAGACCAGGAUUAUCACUACCUUGGAGACUGGGGGCCAGAGUUUAAAAAGUUAGCAGAACUCUAUGGAGAGAUGGAAUCUGAAAGAACAACAUAGGCGGUUAAUUUUUUUGGAGCUUUGUAGAAUUUGCUUCCUGACCAAGUGGAGAUAUGACCUCAAUAUGACAAGGAAGUCGAGCGGAAACAGUACUUGGAACUGAGCAAGCUGUACACAGCUCCUGUAGAAACAAGUGCCCUUUUUAUGAUCAAAAGUGGGUUAUUGGAAGAAAGUCAAAUAUAAAAUAAGUACAGAGAAAAAGCUAUUGUUCCUUGUGUAUAUUUUCAAAUGCUCAAUAAAGUCUAUGGUACUGUUUAAUUAAGAAUAUCUGAACUAAGCCAAACAAUGAAUAUUUAUUUCA